UGUUGUUCAAGUCUAUUCAAAGUGUUUGACGGGUGUGAUCUGAAAUAUUGGUGUUUAUUAUAAUAAUUUUAUACCUAGUUAUCAAAGUUUAUGAUAAUAUUGCCAAUGCAACUUUGGCAAUAUUUUGUUAUCCUUGUGGGUUGUUUAAGGGCACAUUUUAAAGAAAAGAAAUCUAGAAGUCAAUUCGUGAUUCGAAGUGGUCUAUAGAUACCUACAGUGAGCAAUAAAAAUGACAGUUCGAAUGUGUGGAACAAAAUUCAUCUACCUUCUAGUCCCAAUAGUCAACAUCGUUUCAAUCUCCGUUGGGACAUCCAUAUCAUGGCCAUCUUCGCAACUGCCAAAACUAGAAGAUGCCGAUGAGAGUCCCUUGGGCCGGGCCAUAACAGACAACGAAGCUAGCUGGAUAACAUCUUUAUAUACCAUUGGAGGCAUUGUAGGGCCUUUAAUGUUCGGCUACUUAAACGACCUGAUCGGCCCCAAAAAAACCUUGAUUGUAUUGUCAGUGCCUUUUAUUGGACCAUAUUUAGUUUUUGCCUUCGCAAAUAAUAUAAUUUUGUACUACGUUGGAAGGUUUGUCUUGGGUAUUGGGAUUUCAUCCGUGUAUUCUAUUUGUACUUUGUACGUAGCCAACAUAGCCGAAAAUAAAAAUAGAGGAUUGUUAUCAUCGGCAACAAUGUUUUUCGUGGCGCUGGGGUCUUUAUUUUCCUACUGCAUAGGACCUUACACCUCGUCCAUGGUUUUCAACCUUAUACUAGCUGUAAUACCGAGUGUAUAUUUGGUUUUACUCAUAAUUUUGGCCCCUGAAUCUCCACGUUACCUAAUCAAACGCGGCGAUAUUGAAGGUGCUACUAAGUCAUUAGAAAUAAUCCAUGGAUACACUGACGAUAGAAUAAAAAAAGAAAUAGAAGACAUACAGAAUAGUGCCAUGGAGAAGAAAAUCGAAGGGGGACGCAUUACAGACCUAUUUAGCACCAAAGCGGCAAGGUUUGCUUUCUUCAUGGGUAUAUUUUUAACGACUACCCAACAACUUUCCGGUUUCGGUGUUGUUUUGACUUACACCUCUCAAAUAUUUGAUGCCACUAAAUCCAAGUUGACUUCCUCACAAUCCUCCAUAAUUGUGGGCGUUAUGCAAGUGCUUUGUGCGCCAAUAGCGCCACUUUUCUCCGAUAAAUUCGGCAGAAGAAUCAUGAUGCUGUUCUCCUUAACAGGGGGUAUUUUUUCGGAAAUUUUGUUAGCAACCUAUUUCACUCUCAAUGACCAAGGGAAGAACCUGGAUUCGGUCUCGUGGCUGCCGUUGUUUAGUAUGUCCCUAUUAAUGGCGGCCAAAUACUCUGGUCUCGCCAACUUACCCUGGGCUAUAAUAGCUGAGAUAUAUCCGUCAAAACUAAAAUCGAUAGGGUCCAGUAUUAUAAACGCGUUUAGCAACUUGGUUGGUUUUGCAGCAUUAUACUUUUUCAAUGGUUUGGUUGACAGCAUCGGCUUGGGCGGUAUGUUUUAUUUGUACAGCUGUUUAAUGGCGGUGGCUACCGUCAUACUUUAUACCACGUUGCCUGAAACUAAAGGAAAGAGCUUUGAGGAGAUACAGGAUAUCAUUUCGGGACAUAAGAAGAAUAGCAAUAACACGGGAAUGGAAAAUCCUGCGUUCUCAGAAAAAGAAUAAAUC